AUGCAGGACAUCCUGAAAAGCGCUACAAAUUGGUGUACAACGUGCGAAGAAGGGUUGUGUGACAACUGCAACAUUCACCAUAAAGCAAAUAAGGCUUCCAGAUCCCAUACAACUAUUGCUGUUGGUAAACUUAAGUCUUUAGAUCCUUUUGUAUCUUCCUUAAAAAGUACAUGCGAUGUCCAUGACUUACCUCUGGAGUUGUUUUGUCCAAACCAUGAAGCUCCAUGUUGCUCAAGUUGUGCUGCUAAUAGUCAUGCCACAUGUCUUGGAAUAACAUCUUUUCAAAAGGUCACACAAGAAGCUAAUAACUCAAACCAAAUCGAUGACAUCAAUGCAAAACUGGACCAUCUUUUAAGUCAACUUGAUAUUAUGAUAAAAAACCGUAAAGAUAAUGAAACAAAAAUUAGUGAUCAAGCUGGGAGUCAUAAAUCUAAGUUAAAAGAGCUCAAAAAAAAUAUAAAUGAUCAUUUAGACACUCUUGAAAAUCAGCUGCAGUCUAAAAGUGAUAAUUUAAUAACAUUAGAGACAGGUUUAAUUGAAAAUGUGGUUAAACGUUUGAAGUCGAAGAGACAUGACAUUGACAAUUUAAAAAAAUAUAUUUUGAAUCUUAAAGAUGUUGGUUCAAAUGCACAAAAAUAUAUUGGCGGAAAGAAGGCAGAAUGUACUAUUGGAAAAGAGAAAAAAAUAUUAGCUUCAUUGGCAGAUACUUCAGACAUGGCUGAGGUCAGUUUAGAAUUUACUGUUGACCCCAUAACGGAAGAAACCAUUAUGAAAUCAAUUGAUGUUUAUAUGAAUUUUAAGAAACUGGAAAUUCGAAAUCAGAGGAAAAGGUUUCUUCAUGUCAGACCAUUCCUGUUGAAACUACCAUUUUGCAGCAAACUUUUAACACAUCUGUUUUUGACAGACAUGUUACAAUAUCAUCUAUUGUUGUUUUACCAUGUGAAGAGGUAA